AACGGUGGUGUCACAGUAACAGCAACCCAAGAACCAAGAGAAGAAGAAGAGAAGCAGAGAAGAAGAAGAAGACAAUAAGAAGAAGAAAAGAAGAGAAGAAGGAAGCCACGAUGAGUGGCAGAGCUAUUGUUUCCUGUUUUUCUCAUCCAUCAACGUCGUGCUACAUCCCUUUAUCGCGCCGGACCCAGUUCGCACAUGCACCUCCACCGUCGCCGCUCCUGCUCUCGCGGCGGAGUCACCUCCUCGCUGCCGGCGGAAGGGGAGGCGGGAAGAUGUGGGCCAAUGUGAAGUCGGAGAAGAACGUGUCGGAGUCCCGUAAGUACGAGGAUGUUGUCGUUCAGAAGGCGCGGGAUUUGGAUGACAUGGAGGAGGAAGGAAAGUGGUGGAAGGUGUUCCCUAAGCGAUGGGUCAUUGUGGUUCUCUGCUUCUCUGCUUUUCUUCUGUGUAACAUGGAUAGGGUAAAUAUGAGCAUUGCUAUACUUCCUAUGUCUGCAGAGUACAAGUGGAACCCCAGCACUGUAGGUUUGAUACAGUCUUCUUUCUUUUGGGGAUACCUCCUUACUCAGAUUGCUGGUGGAAUAUGGGCAGAUACAGUGGGAGGAAAGCAGGUAUUGGGAUUUGGGGUGGUUUGGUGGUCUGUUGCGACAGCCCUCACUCCUAUAGCUGCCAAACUUGGAUUGCCUUUCCUACUAGUUGCUCGUGUAUUCAUGGGGAUUGGUGAGGGUGUUGCUAUGCCAGCCAUGAAUAAUAUUCUGUCAAAAUGGGUUCCUGUGUCAGAGAGAAGUAGAUCACUAGCACUUGUCUACAGUGGCAUGUAUCUUGGAUCAGUCACUGGACUGGCCUUUUCUCCCUUUCUAAUUCAUCAAUUUGGAUGGCCAUCAGUAUUUUACUCCUUUGGUUCUCUCGGAACAGUAUGGUUUUCCGUGUGGCUUAGUAAGGCACAUAGUUCACCUCUUGAAGAUCCUGAACUACGGCCUGCAGAAAAGAAGCUCAUUACUACGAACUGUUUGUCCAAGGAACCUGUGAAAACAAUACCUUGGAGAUUAAUUUUGUCAAAACCUCCAGUCUGGGCUCUAAUAGCAUCCCAUUUUUGCCACAACUGGGGAACUUUCAUUCUUCUUACAUGGAUGCCAACAUACUAUAACCAAGUCUUGAAGUUCAAUCUUACAGAAUCUGGGCUAUUUUGUGUUCUACCGUGGUUGAUAAUGGCACUUUCUGCGAAUGUUGGUGGUUGGAUUGCAGACACUCUAGUGAGCAAGGGUGUAUCAGUUACAACGGUCCGCAAGAUAAUGCAAACAAUUGGAUUUCUUGGACCAGCUUUCUUCUUAACUCAAUUGAGCCACGUUAAUUCUCCUGUGAUGGCUGUUUUGUGUAUGACGUGCAGUCAGGGUACUGAUGCUUUCUCUCAAUCCGGAUUGUAUUCAAAUCAUCAAGAUAUUGCCCCUCGAUAUUCUGGGAUAUUGCUAGGUCUAUCUAAUACUGCUGGAGUAUUGGCUGGUGUCUUUGGAACAGCAGCAACAGGUUACAUUCUGCAGCAUGGCUCCUGGGAUGAUGUUUUCAAGGUUUCAGUUGGGUUGUAUUUGGUUGGAACUGUGGUGUUUAAUCUUUUUUCAACUGGGGAAAAGGUCUUGGAAUAACAUACUCUUAUUAAUCACUGGUACUUGCCAUGCCACAUGUAUACAUAAUUCUCCAGUACUUUCCCCCAGAAGAAGCACUACAAGAAGAAUAGGAACUCAUUUAUCUUAGGCUUUUGUGCCUCACAAAAUGGUAAAUUUAUGGACAGAGGAACAUUGAACAUAGAGCAGAGAGAUGAGAAUGUGUUCUUGAAAGAUGAAUUGACAUAAUUUAGUCCCUGAUGUUUUAUCAAAGGAAAAGGGACUGGUAAUUAUGUUUUUCCCAUUUUUGGUGGGAAGAUCAUUGUAGUUGCUUAAUUUAAAGUCAUACAUGUAAAUAUAAAUUCCACACCAACACAUCAAUUUUGUAUCAAUUCAUCAAGAAAAGUGAUUAUGUGUUAUCA